AUGGGUGAUGCUAUGCAAUUAAGUAAACUUAACGUGGAUGAAAAUGAUGAUUUGAAACUUAACUGUGGUAGAACACGUCGACAAUGGCUUUCAUCACCAUACAUGAUUUCGGCCGGAUCAGCUGCAAGAUUAGGUCAAUUUCCAUGGGCUGUAGCAUUAACUUUUAUCAAUCAGAAAAAUUACAAUUACUGCGGUGGAUCAAUCAUCUCAAAACGACACAUCCUUACAGCAGCACAUUGUAUCAUGAAAUAUGAAAGUGAUCAAUUACCAUGCACAUAUGCUAAAAAUUUGGAUGAUAUAACUAAUAUUGUUAUACGAUACGGUGGAAUAUGCUUACGAAGCAGUUCACCAGCAUGUAAUGGAAAGUUAUGUAUGACAACUAGAAUUCGUAAAAUUGCAAUACAUAAACGGUUUAUCGAAUCAGCUUUUUGGAAUUAA